AUGGCAAAUGACACACCGGAGAGUGAUUUUUCUAUAGAAUGCUUUCAAAACUAUUCAGCACCCGAAGUUUUUGUACAAGGUUUAGCUGGAAUGGUGAAUCAGAAUGAUGUUGAAACUGUUAUCAGAGCACAAAAGAAUAUGUUACAACGUUUUGAAAAAACAACAGAAAUGCUAACAAACUGCAACCAACUGUCUGCAAGCAGACUGCGUGCGGCAUCAGCUGAGUUCAAAAAACAUACACAACUGCUGUUUGAGAUGAGGAAAGAUCUGGAGUUUAUAUUCAAGAAAAUAAGAGCUAUAAAGACAAAACUGAGCACACAAUACCCAGAAGCUUACAAAACAGCUGUUGCCGCAUCAAUAAUGAACAGAAGACCAAUAGAUGAUGAGGAUGAUGAAGAAGAUUUCAAACCUUCAGAGACAAGAAUAGAAUCCAAAAUGGUGGCUACAGUCUCUACAGAAACCCUUAAACCUACAACAAGUCAAACAAGUAAAAAGUCCAAGAAAAAAGAUGUAAAUAGUGAUGAAAGUAAUAAUAAUAAAGAUCCUAAUAUUGCCAGUGCAAAUAAUUCAAAUGAGGUUGGUAGAAAAGUUAAAAGGAAUAGUAGUUCUUCUGAGACUGAAAGUGCGAGCUCUGGAGAUGAUAGCAGUACGGAUACUGGUUGA